UUUCAGGUGCCAAAUGCAAAUGAUAGUCACCUUAUUUUAUUCCGCUGUAACCAAGAGAUAUAUAAAAGGAAGUGACAAUUGGAAAAACCCUGAUUGGCCAAAUAAUUCUGACUGCUGUGUGUGUGGCACAAACAACGUUGUCUGUAUUGUGGUGUCCGUGUGUGGUGCUAUUUUAUCUUUGACAGUUGUAGCUCAGUGUAGGCUGUGAAUGGGACCAUACCCACCUGCUUGCAGCGUCAUUUCCCUGGCCUAACACAGCGCUGGAAGAUACGCGGCAUGUCCGUGGGCUCAUGCAUUAUUUUGUAUUUCUGGACAUUUUGGUGCUAAGUAACGCUCGGAUGUUUUUCACCAGCCUUGCACAUCUGUGUUCGCUUCCAAAGACUAAUAAGAUCAUGAUUUUACAAGGAAACAACAUUAUGAAUAUAAACCCGAGCACCAGCUCACACUCACACUCCCACCAAACUGUAUGGACGGCUCCCUACUCUGCGUGUGAUGGUUUCUUCACGGGUCCAUGGCACGAUAUUCACCCUCAGUACUGGACCAAGUUCCAGGUGUGGGAGUGGCUGCAACAGUUCGUGGACUCCAACCAGUUGGAUGCAAACUGUAUCCCCUUUCAGGAGUUCGACAUCACAGGAGAACGCCUGUGCGGUAUGACCCUGCAGGACUUCACACAAGCCGCUGGCCCCAUCGGACACAUCUUGUACAGCAACGUGCAGAACCUCAAGUGGCACGGUCAUUAUGGAAGUCAGGUCUUUCAAUCACUCAACGUUGUUAUAAAGACGGAGCAAACAGAUUCCAGUUCCGUCACUCCCUGGAAAGAAGAAGGAUUUCACUAUGACAACAGCUAUGAUGACUUGUAUGAUAUUAAACCGUUCUGUCGGAAUCCGCUGUCAGUGACGACUUCUAGCCAUUACACUACAGCCUAUGCAGAAUCGGAGGUGCAUAAAUCCCAGGAGAAUCCCCCGAAAGCCGGCACAAAGAAGCACAACCCGCGCGGGACUCAUCUGUGGGAGUUUAUCCGGGAUAUUCUGCUGAUGCCUGAAAAGAACCCUGGUCUGAUAAGAUGGGAAGACCGAUCUGAGGGAGUGUUCCGGUUCCUCAAAUCCGAGGCGGUGGCACAGCUCUGGGGGAAGAAGAAGAACAACAGCAGUAUGACCUACGAGAAGCUGAGCCGCGCCAUGAGAUACUACUACAAGAGAGAGAUCUUGGAGCGCGUAGAUGGAAGGCGGCUGGUGUACAAGUUUGGGAAGAAUGCUCGCGGAUGGAAGGAAAACGACAGUUGAGGCCCGAGCUGGCGCACUGGGAGUAAUGACUAAUUUAUUUAUAUGACAAUAAAAGAAGACGACUUCGGAGGAAGCCUAUAAGGCUCGGUGUCAAUGAAGCCAUUUCUCUUCUAUUUAUGGGGAACAAAAUGUCGUACAGUUUUCUGUGACUGCCGCACUUCUAUGAAUUGUGCUGGUAGUUGCCGGAAGAUUCAUGUUACCGUGUUACACGGCAGCAGGAGAAAUCGUCAUUGAUUGCAAUAACAUUAUAUGGGAAAUAGCACUUAAUCCGCAUAUAAAUGGCGCUGGUUCCAUUGUGCACGUCUAUAACACUAAUGAAAUUCCGCAUUCUACAUGCCAGAUGCUUCUAUAUAACCCUAGGCAGCGGUGUCCUAUCAUAUCAAUGAAACAUAUGAAAACAAUUGUAUAACGCUAGACAAGAGAAAAUCCGUUGUCUUUAUCGAUGCCUGCGCCUCAUGUCUGUGUGAUGUAUUGCGGGCUGUACUUCUGCGCCGCGAAUCUCCAUUCUGCUCAUCGGCAAUCAGUCAAGGAAUAGGGGAAGUUCAACAUGUUAAAAAAUCCCCAACUCACCGAUUCUGACCAUUUUUAGGUCAGAAUCAGGGAAUUGUGAUCCCUCAAACCCGGCAUCGCAGGAUGGGUAGUCACCACAAUACGAGCUAGAUGCGUGCGCACUUGUGACACUGGGGGUCAUUCCGAGAUGAUCGCUCGCUAGCAGUUUUUAACAGCCGUGCAAACGCAUUGUCGCCGCCCACUGGGGAGUGUAUUUUCGCUUUGCAGAAGUGCGAACGCCUGUGCAGCAGAGCGCCUGCAAAAUCAUUUUGUGCAAAACAAGACCAGCCCUGUAGUUACUCUUCCUGUGCGUUGAUUCUAAUGACUGAUGGACGGCUUUUGACGUCACACACCCGCCCAGCGUUCGCCCAGCAGCCAUGCCUGCGUUUUUCCAGACACACCUACGUUUUUCUAAGCACUCCCUGAAAACGGUCAGUUGCCACCCAGAAACUCCCACUUCAUGUCAAUCUUCCUGCAUUCGGCCGUGCGACUGGAAUCUUCGUUAGACUCUGUGCAAACCCACGAUGCUCAUUAUACCCGUACGACGCAGCUGAGCAUUGCGGUGCAUACGCAGAAAUGCCGAUUUUUAGCCUGAUCGCUGCGCUGCAAACAACGGCAGCUAGCGAUCCAAUCGGAAUGACCCCCAUUCUCUGUAGACUGCACCAAAAAAUCCAACAAAAUACAUUACAUUUGUUUUUAUAAAUACAGAAAUACAUUUUUACUUUAUUUCAAUAGGUCGACACCAAAUGGUCGACAUGUUCAAAAGGUGGGCACAAAUGGUCGACACGUGGCUUUUGUCUGUUUUUUUUUGUCCCAAAUUUUGGUUCUUCCCUGUUAUAUGACUACCUACACUAGAAACUGGUACCCUGGUGGACUCGCUUUGCUCGCCGCCCAUUAGAUGUGCACGUGGAUAGUAAACAAAGCAAAUGUGUCAACUAUUGAAAACGUGUCAACCAUUUGUGUGUCAACCAUUUUCAUGUUGACUUUUUGAACCUGAUGACCUUUUGUAAUGUCAACCUUACUUUCAUCUGCUGACCUUAACCACUGUUGUCCUCUCAUCUGUCGAUAUUUUGUACCUGUUGACUUAAUACAUGUUGACCAUUUGGUGUUGACCUAUUGACUGUCAACUGGUAAUGCAGCCAUCCAGCUUACUAGAAGCCAGUGACAUCACUAAUUCCUAGUGAAUGGUUACCACCGGCAACAGUUACAUGUUGUUACUGUAACAGCAAGUCCCCGGAAACAUGGCACCGCCAUGGACGGAGACAAAUUUUGAACUGCGCAUGCGCGGCGACCAUAUUUGGUUGGAUUUUUCUUACAAAUGUAGCGGCUGUAGCGCUAGUUGCGGGACUAUGGAAAAGUAAGUAUAAACAACAUGGGGGCAGUGUGUGCGGUGUGGGCCCACCCUGCACCCAUGAUAGAAACGCCAAUGCCUCUCUGUGACAGCCAUCGCAAGACUAUUGCGCACAUGCGCAGUGCGACUUGCACGCACAGACUGCCAAUAAUCGCACAACUGCGCAAGCUCAGGUUUAUGUACAGCUCUGAAUCAGGCCCUACACUGCGCACAUAAAGUCUGAGAUAACCUACUGCAAAAUGCGCCAGGCUUACACGUGGGUCAUACAGCAGCAUUUGGCGUUUCUAUAAUGGCUGCAAUGUUUGCGGUGCACACAGGCCCCUGUGUCUCUAGAGUAGCCCACAUUCGCACACACUGCAUCCAUGUUUUAAUGCUUACCUUUCGGGAGCUCCGCGUGGGGCGCUGCAGCCACAGAAAAAAAAUCAUACCCAAAAUGGCCACCACGCAUGCGCAAUACUGAAAUUAGUCUUCGGAACAUGGUGAGCGCCAUGUGUCCAGAGACCUGAGCAUGUGCAGUAAACUCUGGCACAAUGCCGGAAACCUACUGCACCGGGCAGAGGGAGGGGCCCCGGGGCCCCACCCGCAGUCUGCACAGGGGCCCCCUCCUCUGUUAGAAUGUCUUUGUAAAGAUUCAUUAAAAUUCAUAAAAUCUUGUGACAAAAUUAUGUAACAACCUUAAGAAUUUAUUUUCCCAGUCACCCCAACAUUUUUGUAAGAAAAAAAAACAUAGGGGUCUCUUCAUGAAGCAGUGAAAACAGUGGAGACGUUGCCGAUGGCAACCAAUUAGUUGCUACGUAACAUGGGCCCUCAUUCCGAGUUGUUUGCUCGUUCUUUUUCAUCGCAUCGCAGUGAAAAUCCGCUUAGUACGCAUGCGCAAAGUUCGCACUGCGACUGCGCCAAGUAACUUUACUAUGAAAAAAGUAUUUUUACUCACGGCUUUUUCUUCGCUCCGGCGAUCGUAAUGUGAUUGACAGGAAAUGGGUGUUACUGGGCGGAAACACGGCGUUUCAGGGGCGUGUGGCUGAAAACGCUACCGUUUCCGGAAAAAACGCAGGAGUGGCCGGAGAAACGGUGGGAGUGCCUGGGCGAACGCUGGGUGUGUUUGUGACGUCAACCAGGAACGACAAGCACUGAACUGAUCGCACAGGCAGAGUAAGUCUGGAGCUACUCUGAAACUGCUAAGUAGUUAGUAAUCGCAAUAUUGCGAAUACAUCGGUCGCUAUUUUAAGAAGCUAAGAUUCACUCCCAGUAGGCGGCGGCUUAGCGUGUGUAACUCUGCUAAAUUCGCCUUGCGACCGAUCAACUCGGAAUGAGGGCCAUUGUACAGAAAGCGCUUGAUAAACGUUACUUGAAAGCUGAUUGGUUGCCAUGGGCAACUUCUCCACUGGCUCACUUCUCCAUUCUUUUCACUGCUUCAUGAAUCCCUUUGUCAGUCACCAACCAGAUUUUCAUACAGCCUCAUAAUAAUCACAUUUCGCAACAUCCAAUUAGCCGCUGCGGUAUCCAGGUUGGUUACGCAAACGUGAAUCUACUUCGUGUUGUAUGUCAAGAUGACUAAUUAUUUUUAAUCUUUAUAUUAUGAAAAAAAGUCAACUAAAAUUUAUUUUAUAAAUGAUUUAUUUGACAAAAAAAAAAAAAGGUUUCUGUAAACUCACAAAGCAGCGGAAGUGCGUCCUCUGAGGAGACCGCUGCCGAAUGUUGUGUCACUUACUGUAAAUAGAACUUUCUAUCUAUUAUAUAGUUCUGUGGUUACUGUUUUUAUUGUUAUGACUUUUGUUACUUUUGUAGAAGACACUUUUUUAAUUUUUAGUAAAUGCUGAUAUAAACCCUGUGAUGUUUUACCAUUGAGCAAAGGAGAUAAUAUGGAUUGCAGCCAAUUGCUGUAUGCGGAUAAUUCCUACAGAGCAGCUAUGGGGGCUAAUCUAUUAGGACAUGGGGGGUCAUUCCGAGUUGAUCGCUCGCUAGCUGUUUUUAGCAGCCGUGCACACGCUAUGCCGCCGCCCACUGGGAGUGUAUUUUAGCUUAGCAGAAGUGCGAACGAAAGGAUCGCAGAGCGGCUACAAAAUAAUUUUGUGCAGUUUCAGAGUAGCUUCAGACCUACUCAGCGCUUGCGAUCACUUCAGACUAUUCAGUUCCGGAUUUGACGUCACAAACACGCCCUGCGUUCUCCCAGCCACGCCUGCAUUUUUCCUGGCACGCCUGCGUUUUUCCUGGCACGCUUGCGUUUUUCUGAACACUCCCUGAAAACGGUCAGUUGACACCCAGAAAUGCCCCCUUCAUGUCAAUCACUCUGCGGCCACCAGUGCGACUGAAAUGCGUCGCUAGACCCUGUGUGAAACUACAUCGUCCGUUGUGAAAGCACGUCGCGUGUGCACAUUGCGCCAUAUACGUAUACGCAUGCGCAGAAGUACCGUUAUUUUGCCUCAUCGCUGCGCAGCGAACAUUUUCAGCUAGCGAUCAACUCGGAAUGACCCCCAUGGGCUCCUUCCCUGCGAUGUGUAAGAAGAGGAGCGAUCGCUAAUGUGAUCCCUUCACUUCACCCUCAGGAGCCGUUUACUGCGCACGUGUGAUCUGCUGACCAUGCAUGCGCAAUUGGGGAGUGUAUUGGGUGCAAUGUGUGCGGUGCACACAGGCCCCUGGGUCCAAGGGGGCCACAAUGCAAACCAUGUCAUACUUACCUUUCUGGAGUCACGCGCUAGGCGCAGUAAAAAUCACAGCCAAAUGGCCGCCACGCAUAUGGGGUAGUGAAAUUAGUCGCCAAGUUUCUGGAAACCUGCAAAUGUGCAGUAGAUUCCCACCCAGAGUCUGCACAUGUUCCUCCUCCUCUGUUAAAACGCCCCUGGGUGAGUGUCAGGGAGGGAUCCUACAGAACCUACAGAUCCCUCUGCUGGUCCGCCACCAAGUCAUAAUGAUGUGUACUCGACCUAAGAGACGGUCUGAAUAGCAGACUGGUUACUGUAUGUUGGUGUCUGGCAGCCAUAGUUGUUUUCCAUCCAAAGACUUUGAAAAGGAGAUAAUGAUUUGUAGAAAUACAGCUGAGAGAACUCAGAUACACGCUUAAUCAAUAUAUACUGUAACUUCCCAUUUAAAAGUUAGAAAACCCCUCAGUAUAUUUGUUUUACAUUGGUAAAUGAAUAUUUAAAAAGAACCAGAAAAAUAAAAAAUACAAAAGUUAUAUUGAGAUGAAGGGGUCAAUCCAAUUAGCCGGGAUGAACUCACAGGUGCGAAUCAUCACGGCAGCGGCAGCGCUUUACGGCGGCCAGAAUUCGCACAAAAUCGCUCACCACCCCAUAGGGCUCUGAGGUUUGGGCUGAAACCAGCCCGUGAAGGGUGUGAGAUUGGGUGCCAUUGCCGCCAUUGAAACGCCAUAGAAGCAGCACAUCGCACCUUUCACCUAUAAUUGAAUUGAUCCCAAAGACUGUGAAUAUUAAAAUGAAAUGAUAGAAGAAAUCGUAUCCCGUCUCUAAUGAGUACCUUACUGUAAUAUCUCGGUGGGUCAGUAUGCUCAGUACAGUAAGUGUUCUCCGAGUGCCAAUGAGUCUCCACUUCAUAAAUUUAUAAAGACAACAUUUUUCAUUGUAUUUUAAGUGUAGAAAUGAAGAUUUAUUAGGGGUUUGACGGGUAAUUAUUCAGAUGUAGCAGAUGUUAUGAUUGGGAAAACAGGGUUAAUAUGUUUUGACUUGUAUGAAUAAACUUUGAGAUUCAUUAUUUAA